AUGGGCGUCGUGCUCUCGCGGCUGCCGUCGCACGCCAACCGCGUCCGCCUCGCCGCCGUCUGCCGCCCAUGGCGCUCCAACGCGCGGCUGCUGCGCCCGCUUCCCCCGCUGCUCCCGUGGAUCGCCCUCUGCGAUGGCACCUUCCUCAGCCUCCCCGAUGGCGCCGUCCACCGCCUGCCCGUCGCGGACGACGGCGUCUCCGUCCGAGCCUCCACCGGCAGCAGGCUCUUCCUCGUGCACGGCGACGGCAGGUGCUCCCUGAUGAACCCUUCCCCCUCGGCGACGACCCCUUUGGCGGAGCCUGAAGGCGGCCUCGUCAGCGACAUUGCCAUCUUCAAAGGAAAGAUCUACGCCCUCCUCACCACAAAAGUGGGGCGAUAUCGUCAGCAUGAGCUUCGUGUCCUGGACGACGGCCACGAGCAGACAACCAUCCACGGCACCCUAGUAGGGCAGGAGGCAUGGUAUGAUCCUAACUUGACCGACUUCUACUUGCAGCGGAACUACCUUGUCGUCUCCGGCGAUCGGCUGCUGAUGGUCGAACAAAGGAUCAGCGAGCGGUGGCCGAGAGACUGGGGACCUUUGAAGCUGACUCGACACUUCAAGGUAUUGGAAGCAACGGACCUGAGCAGCAGCGGCUGUGCACGCUGGACCGAAGUCGAUACAUUGAUGGGGCGCGCGCUCUUCGUCAGCCAAGGGUGCUCCGAGUCCCUCCCUGCCAGUGCCGGAGGUCAAUCUAGCGGCACCGGAGUCGAAGAAGAUUGCAUCUACUUUCUAAAGGAGAAGAAAGGAUCUAGUCAGCCUGGUUUGGCCUUUCUUAACUUAAAGCCGGGCAGGCCCUUCGUUUCAAAAAUAAACGGGGGGAAUUGUGAGAAUGCCUUUCAAGACUCUGGGGUGUACAACAUGAGAGACCGGACAGUGACGCCAUUGCUGUCGGAGACGGUAGUGGCGUCCACAGCCGGCGAAGGUCCAUGGUCUCCAACUUGGCUUUUUCCAGAGCCUUGA